AUGUAUGACAUUACACCAGGUCCAUCAAAAUCUACCACAUCACAUUAUGCUUUGAAUGACGAAGAACUGUUGGCGCUUCUACAGGAUUCAGACUUUGAAAAUGAAAAUUUUGGUUUCGACAGUGAAGAUGAUGACGAUGAAUAUAUCGUUGAAGAAGACACCGAAUUAAAUCUUCAAUCCCCAAACCAAUCUACACAAAAUAUUUCUACUUCUUCCUCGUCACAUGACCUACAGGGUCACCAUCCAGAGUAA